AUGGCCUCGAGAGAUGCAGAUCUGGAAGAGAGAAUUGUACAACUGUUAAAGAAAGAAGCGAAAACAUUAAUUGUUCUCACUGGGGCUGCUGGAGUAGGGAAAACAUGGAUUGCAAAAAAGAUAAGUGAUCGACUAAUCAGCGAGGGCUCAUCUUACAUGGCCCUUUGGGUGUUUCAGAACCAGCAAGCCUUUUCCAAAAAAGACCAAACCGAAUCCUCCUCCAAAGAGACCAAACCGAGUCCUCUUCAUGAGAAUAUUGCCCGUCAGUUGUCCGUGCUUUCCACUGUUGAGGAGUGGGAUGAUAAUAUCAGUAAGGAGGAGGAGCAAGAUCAUGAGGAGAAAAGCCUAGAAAGCUUAAAGAAGAAGAUAUCUGAGAAGAUUGACAAAAUGAGAGCUGCAACGCCGAAGUUUCUUCUCCUAAUUCUGGAUGGCGUUCCUGAUGAUACAACGAGUGAAGUUAACAUUCUCACAGAACUAGAAGCCCUUCUAGAUCUGAAUGAGAAAACUCCAUAUAAGGUUUUAAUCACUACAAGAAGAUCAAAAGAGCCUGUCAAGGAAGCAAGUGAGAUUCAGAGCAAGGAAAUGGAACAACAAGUGAUCGAGAUUCUCCCCUUCUCUGAAGAAGCGGGAUUGACUCUAUUUCAGGAAAGUGUCACUGAAAAGGUUAAGAAGAUGGUUGUUUUUAAAAAGCGUGCAGGAGAAAUUGCCAAAAAGAGCAAGGGUCUGCCAGCUGCAAUCAACAUUAUAGCGGGAGCCUUUAAUCGCAUUGGAGAGCUUGAUUCCGGGAUUCUGACAUUGGAAGGUGCUCUGGAAGAAGCAGCUACAUGUGAGGAGCUGGCACCUGAUCAUGGUGUAAAUCCACUACUGCGCUGCGCCUAUCACAUGUUGCUGAGGAGUACUGAUAGGGCUUUGAUCAACUGCUGGUGGCAUAGUCUGCACUUCUUUAGCAAACAUGGUGGAGUUCAUUUCAAUGAGUUGAUAGCUUACUGGAUAUUGGAAGGAUAUUUAGAUCCUGUUGAACUUGUUGAGAAGGCCUAUGAAAAGGGACAUCGCAUUUUGAUAGAGCUUAUAGAUCGCCACAUGCUGAAAAUACAAGAUGGUAACAAUGUUGUCGCAGAAGGAUUGACACUACUCUCAGUUCCUGAUUGUGGCCGAGAUGGAUAUGAAGGGACAUCCAGUCUAGGAUUGGAAAGUGUAGUGUUCGAGGAUGGCGGCGAUUGGCAAGGUUUUGGGAAAAUCACACCAGCUUAUGGUAUGAUGAAAACACUCUGCAAUCCUGCAAAAUGGGACAAAGUAUCCACGCUACUCAUUGAUGGAAACCGUCUCCGCAGGGAAGGCCCAGCAGAUAAAUUCUUUUACAAAAUAAUAUUGAAGGGACUCCGAAUUCUUGCACUUUUGAGUCCUGCUUCCAAAACACUCAUGCCCUCCUCAAGCUGGUCUACAAUGGGCGAGCUUCGUCUGCUUGUGCUCAGAGGAUGCGAUUUGUUGGAGAAAAUUGAUACCAUCAAAGAACUCAAGUCAUUAACAGUUCUGGAGAUAUCUGGUGCUACCUCCUUGACGAAGGAUGUUCCGGAUGAUUUUUUUAAGAAAAUGAGUAAACUGCGAAGCCUCAAUCUCUCUGCAGCCCAGAUCAAAUCGCUACCUUCUUCAAUCUCUGACCUGAUUGAGCUCCGUUGGCUCAUCCUGAGGGGGUGCUCUAGCUUGAAAACACUGCCAAGACUAAAGAAACUUACAAAACUCGAGGUGCUUGAUCUCUCUGGUGCUAUCAAAUUGGAAACUUUUGAAGACGUCGCAUUGAAAUCACUUGCGAAUCUCCGAAGGCUUGACGUCUCCCGAACCAAGAUUUCCCGCUUGCCAAUCCUUGGCAAACUUGAAAAUCUUACUACACUCGAAUUAAGAGGCUGUGAACACUUAGCGAGACUGCCCAAACUACGUGGCUUGCCCAACCUCCAAGCUCUUGAUCUUUCGGGUGCGGUUAUGCUAAAGGAAAUCCAAGAUGAAUCCUUGCAAAAUAAGACUAGCCUCAAGAUCCUUCAUCUCUCUCAAACUUCCAUCCCUCUUUUUCCUUCCAAUUUAGCCGGCCUCUCUCACCUUGAGUUGCUUGAUCUUUCUGGUGCCACUAAUUUGGUGAAACUGGAAGACAAAACCUUCGAAAAGCUGAGUUGCCUCCGUCAUCUUGACCUCUCCAAAACCAAAAUUGAAAAUCUACCUUCACUUUCAAACCUUGAUAACCUCCAACUUCUUAAUCUUUCUGGUUGUAGUGCUUUGACAAAAAUAGCAGAUCAAUCUUUUGAUCACAUGACUCGCCUUCAGCGCCUCCAACUCUCUGAAACUAAGAUUGAAUUCCUGCCGUCCCUUUCCAAACAUGUCAACCUCCGUCAGCUCUUGCUAAGAAGCUGUACGAGCCUAAAACAACUUCCAUCUCUGGAAUCUCAGUCGAAACUUGAGGAGCUCGAUUUAUCUGGUGCACAGCUUCUGAAAGAAACUAAUGUUGACUUCUUGAAGAAUAUGAACAACCUUCAGCUUCUCAACCUAUCAGGGACGGGUCUCCCGUUACCUUCCCUCUCCAAUCUCACCAACCUCACCCAGCUUUCCCUUAGAGGUUGUUCACUCUCAGAGUCGGAGCCAAAUUUUGGAGUACAUAAAAAGCUGGAGGUUAUGGAUCUUUCGGAGACACAGAUUACUUCUCUACCCUCCCUUGGAAAUCUUACCAGUCUCCGGGAGCUUAAGUUAAGAGGGUGUUCGGGCUUAAAGGAGCUUCCAGAUCUAAACUCGCUAAUCCAUUUGGAGGUUCUUGAUUUGUGGGGCACCGGAAUCAAAGGAUUUCCCUAUGAGAUCUCAGAAUUGACAAGUUUAAAGCACGUUGGUCUGCCAGACAUGACGGGUGUUGAAAAGAUCGAGUGGGAUAGGAUAAAGCGCCUGCCGGAGGAGGUAAACUGGGCUGAGUGCGGCAUCCUCAAGCACUGUAAAAACGGGCCUUGCGUAUCUAUGAGUGCUACCCAACUUUCUGGAAUUCUCAAGGAACAUCCUGAUCAGUUAGCGAAUCUCGACAAAUUUCACCUCUCUGUGUCCGCCCCUCUUAAGGAGGAAGGUGGUGCUAGAGAUAUCGAUUGGCACAGAAUCGACCCUUCCUUGAGAAAUAUCUACCUGCAGAAAUUUUCCGUUCCGGAAGAGGGUGCACGGUUUCUGGAAAUUGUUGGAUUCGAUAGAUUUCCUGAUGGUAUCGAGGGUGCCAUCGUAAAAGCAGAGUACAUUGCUUUGAUUCGCAACAAGUUCAUGAAAUCCUUGUCAGACUUGGCUGCGGGUUUGAAGGCAGCGAAUGUGGGUGUGAAGGCAAUGAAAGGCUGUAUUCUAGAGAGGUGCACCGAAAUGGAGACUAUUUUUGGGGUAGUGGAGGAAAAUCUAGAGACUCUGAGGGCGUCAAACCUUCCAAAGUUGAAGAGUGUCGUCUCCAGUGGGAAUGUGCAACUUGGAGGCUUUCAAAAUCUUAAAGAGUUAUAUUUGGACUGUUGCCCAGUGCUGGAAGUUGUGUUUCUUUCAUCCCAGCAACCAGAAAACCUCGAAAUCCUCAAAAUCAAAUUCUGUGAUAAGUUGAAGACUCUGUUUAAUUCUGAACCACAGACAGAAUGUAAACUGCAGAAAUUGCGGAAACUGCAUCUCAUGGAACUGCCUGUGUUGACUACCAUUGGAGUGGCAGAGUCGAAGACGGCGUCAAACGUUCCAGAGUUGAAGCAGACUGUGCAACUUGGAGGCUUUCAAAAUCUUAAAGAGUUAUAUCUGGAUCGUUGUCCAGCGCUGGAAGUUGUGUUUCAUUCAUCCCAGCUGCCAAAAAACCUUGAAAUCCUUGAAAUCAAAUGGUGUGAUAAAUUGAAGACUCUGUUUAAUUCUGAACCACAGACAGAAUGUAAACUGCAGAAAUUGCGGAAACUGCAUCUCAUGGAACUGCCUGUGUUGACUACCAUUGGAGUGGCAGAGUCGAAGACGGCGUCAAACGUUCCAGAGUUGAAGCAGACUGUGCAACUUGGAGGCUUUCAAAAUCUUAAAGAGUUAUAUCUGGAUCGUUGUCCAGCGCUGGAAGUUGUGUUUCAUUCGUCCCAUCUGCCAGAAAACCUUGAAAUACUUGAAAUCAAACGGUGUGAUAAAUUGAAGACUCUGUUUCAUUCAGAUUCACCUUCAGAAUAUAAACUGCAGAAAUUGAAGAAACUGCAUCUGGUGGAACUGCCAGAGUUAACUAGCAUUGGACCGAUUCCACAACGUUCGGUAUCAAUUGAAGUCACGAAAUGCCCGAAGAUCCAAAACUAG